AAAAUAGAUCAGUAUACAGUAUAUAUACAAUACUGUAUACUGUAUAAAUAAAACUUGGAUAUAUUUUAGAGGAGAGUCAAGUCAAGUCAAGAGGAUUUAUUUAUUUAUUUUUUUUAUUUACUGUCUUAGGACAUGUAUAGCUUUAGAUUAUAAGAAGCAUCUGCCAUGUGAGUGUUUACUAUAGAAACAAUACCAUAUUAGAAUGAAUUUCCUAUUACAGGAGUAAAGUAAACAGAAGAUAAACCAAAUGUAAAAUACUGAAACUAUAAAUAAAAUCAAACAUAAAAAAUAAUAAAAUCUAAUAAAAUCAAAAAAUCAAAUUAACUACUGCUAUCUAAUGAUAAACUUUCCAAGGUUACCUCUAGUAGAAUAUCUAAUUUAUUUCUCAUUUUGGAAAAGGACAAAUUGUCUUUAAGCCACUGAGGUCCAGUUGGUGGUUUAGGGGAUUUUCAAAGGAUUAAACGGCACCUGGCUUAGAUGGCACCUGGCUAUCAAAGUUGGAUAAAGGAUAAAAUAUCGAAUUGCUUUUUGUUGUACCUGGAAAAAUCCACUAGCACCUCAAAAACUACUACACCAGCGUUCUCUAAACACUUCUGGGUCUGAUCCAGUACCCAGAGCGAGACACAAGUGAACACAGGAAAAGCUUUAUUAAGUCAUGAACAGUGUAGAGAAAGUCUCAGAAGGUCAUGUGAUCUCCACAGAGAGUCGGAGACAAGCACGAAGAAGAAGGCAACCUGUUUGGGCUCUAAGGUUUUCAGGACGAAUGGAUUAUCCGAGACCAAGCAGGGCAAUGUUCAAGCGAUGUGAACCUGAGCUGUCCAGUUUAUCUACAGAAGAUCCACAGGAUGCAGAGCUGGUGUACACCAUGAGAGAUUUGACCUCCAAGGUAGGACACACGUUUCCUGGCCGUGAGACACGUAUGACGGACAGGGACCCGGAAGGCAGAAACCGUCCUCACACCCCUGGCACACCCACUUUCCCUCGUCGAGUGAGAAGGAACCUGCAGGGCUCCGAACCGGACCUUCUGCGCCGCUGUCACUUUAGUUCCACCGGUUUCCACGAGUCUCCGCUUAGUCCUUCAAUAUCUAAGAGACCCUGGAGCAGACUAGAUCCUUACGAUUCUCCUGAGGAUCAAGAUAAGGAAUAUGUGGGAUUUGCAACCCUUCCCAACCAGGUGCACAGGAAAUCUGUGAAAAAAGGUUUUGCUUUUACGCUGAUGGUAGCCGGGGAGUCUGGAUUGGGAAAGUCCACGUUGGUCAACAGCCUUUUCCUAACAGAUGUCUACAAGGACAGGAUUCUGCUGAGUGCUGAAGAAAGGAUCACCAAAACUGUGGAAAUCACCAAACAUACUAUCGCCAUUGAGGAAAAAGGUGUAAAACUCAAGCUCACCAUUGUGGACACACCAGGCUUUGGAGAUGCCCUCAACAACACUGAGAGAUGGAAGCCAAUAGUGGAUUUCGUCGACCAUCAGUUUGAGCAAUACUUCAGGGAUGAAAGUGGGUUGAACCGCAAGAACAUUCAGGACAACCGAGUGCAUUGCUGCCUCUAUUUCAUCUCACCAUAUGGCCAUGGCCUCAGGCCAGUCGACGUGGAGUUCAUGAGGGCUCUACAUGAGAAGGUCAACCUAGUGCCUGUGCUGGGUAAGGCAGACUGUCUUACACCACUGGAAGUGUCACGGAAGAAGAAAAAAAUACGAGAGGAGAUCGAGAGGUUCGGGAUCAACAUCUAUCAGUUCAAUGAGUGCGACUCGGAUGAGGAAAAUCAAGACCUGAAAGAUAGUAUUCCUUUUGCUGUGGUCGGCAGUAACGUUCUUGUCCAAAUCAAAGGUAGGAGAGUCCGAGGCCGUGUGUAUCCUUGGGGUGUUGUGGAAGUGGAAAACCCCACCCACUCAGAUUUCCUGAAGCUCAGGAACAUGCUGGUUCGUACUCACAUGCAGGACCUGAAGGAUGUGACGCAGGAAAUCCAUUAUGAAAACUACAGAUCUGAGUGCAUCCGGAACAUGACCCGCAUGGUGAUCAGAGAGAGAAAACGCAGGUCUGAACCAAAUACGCAAGAAGUCUCAUGUCUGUGUAACUAUCUGAGAGAGAGCGCUGCAGAUUUACCUCUGGUGCCUGUGGACGAUGAAACGGAGCGCCUCAUUUGGGAGAAAGACGAGGAGCUCCAAAAAAUGCUAGAGAUGCUACAAAGGAUGCAAGAGCAGGUGCAUCAUGGGAACUGAAACAAGAAUGUGACGCAUCCGAUUAUUCAUUUGCUACAAAUCAAUUAGUAAAUCGUCUUCUUUCGGCUGCUCCUGUUAAGGCCCUUCACAGCCGAUCAUCUGCAUCACUCCAUACUACUCUGUCCUCUGUUUCCCUCUUUCACACCAACCACAUCCAAAACCCUCCUCCUUGGACUUCCUCUUUUCCUCCUGCCUGGUGGCUCCAUCCUCAGCAUUCUUCUACCUUCUACACAUCACCAAACCAUCUCACCUUGUCUCCAAAAUGUCCUACCUGCUCGGUCCAUCUGAUAGACUCAUUUUUAAUCCUGUCCACCCUCAUCAUAAUCACAGCAUCUUCAACCUUAUGUAGAUACACUACUGAUCAGGUACAACAUUAUGACCAUCUGCCUAAUUUUGUGUUUCCUGAUCCCAUCGAGCAUCAACUUCUUGAGCUACAGGAGCUCGUCUGUUGGAUCGGACCACACGGACCGACCUUCGCUCCCCACCUACACCACAAACCCGGUCGCCGGCUCACCACUGACCCCUACAGACCAGGAACAUCCCACAAGAGCUCGUCCCACCAGUCGUCUAGACGUCCCAAUUUAUCAAACUCCCCCAAAAUCCUUACGUUCGCCCAUUUUUCCCGCUUCGAACAUCAACUUUGACAAAAUGCUCCAUAAUAAAUAAAUCCCACUCACUAGCAGGAGCCAUGAUGAAGAGAUAAUCGGUGUUUUUCACGUUAUAAUCUCAAAAUUGUGUAUUUUAUAUAAUAAAUGUAAGAAAAGAAAGAAUUGGGACACAUUUUUUUUUUUGUAAAUGUAAGAUUUAUUACGAAUAGUCUUUUUGUUUUGUUUUUUUGUUUAGGGUUUUUUUUUUUUUUAAAUUACUCUCGCAUAUUUCAACGUUACAGUUUCAUUUCAUGGUGGACAAUUCGAUUUUAAUGCAGCCCAAAAUGUACAGGCGAUAUAGAACUUAAACUUUCUCCAUAGGGAAAAAAUGCAGAUUUUUAUAUAUGUAUAUAUAAUAUCAAUGUUAGAAAUGAGGUCUAAUGGUCCCCACCACAUCAUACAUUAUUAGACAUGGUCCCGGAAUAAUAAUAAUAAUAAUAAUAAUAAUAAUAAUAAUAAUAAUGGGGGGAUCGAAUGCUAAAACAAAAUGGGAAAACUUUUUUUUUUGCAAUCUACAUGCAAAAACCAGGCAACAGUGUAAUCCUCAAAUACAUACACGUAUAUGUGAAUGCGUGCAUAUCCAUCACAUUUAUAUCUAUAUAUGUAUAUAUACACAAACAUAGAACAUAGACAAUUAAAAAAUAAUAGUUAAAUUUUUUAUAAAAAAAAAAAAAA